AGCCAUCGUGCGGGGCGCAAACACGCAGAUAGGGUGUGUCCGCCGCGCACUCUGUUACUACAGAAAACUUCACGUCAGGGCUUUAAAACGUACUUUUAAAUCAUGUGUGUCAAUGUAAGACCAACGUCAUAACGAUCACAGCUACGAAUGAGAGAAAACCCGAGCGUAAACUGGAUGUCUGUCGACCCCACCUACAAUUGGUUUGAGAGAUCGUUUGGGCAAAUUUCGUAGAUACGUCACUACCAGACUCGGAGCAAGGAAGAGACCAGGGGAAAACUAUUAAAAGCAGGGAUGUAGGUUUUUUUGUGCUUACAAUGAAAAGUAAUUAAUUCGAAAUUACGACUUGUUUUCGUUUCGUUGUUGGAUUCCUUGUCCUGCUUUGUUUUUCGUCCUCUUAAGUGCGGCAUAGGAACAUAUUUAAUCAGUCAUUUAUUUUUUCCUGUGGCCCAAGAAACCAGUCUGGCAUUACUGAGGUAACAUGUCAAGAUCAGACUUCCCAAGAUCAGACUUCCCACCAGGUUACGAUGAGUCGCACCUGCUCCCCAACCCUCAGUAUGCGGGAGUGCACCCAUCCGCACCCCCACCGGCUUACGGCUUUCCCCCUUAUGGAGGCCAGCCACAGCUUGGGGGACCUGCAUAUCCUCAGCCCUCUGCCCCUUACCCUGGAGCACCCCAAGGAUACCCUCCACAGCCUGGGUUUCCAGGCCAGGGCUUCCCGCCACCUAUGCCCAUAAUGCCUCCGACCAUACCCCUCUCUGGAUCAGGCGAUGAAGGCUUCACGACGGCACAGGGGUGGGACAGCGUAGGUGUGCGGCACACUUUUAUUCGGAAGGUGUACUUAAUCAUCGGCGCUCAGCUUCUCGUCACCGUCGGUAUUGUGGCCAUUUUUACAUUUGUGGAACCUGUGAAAGCGUUCGUUGUAGAAAAUCCAGGAGUCUACUAUGCUUCCUAUGCGGUGUACUUCGUCACUCACAUGGUGCUGGCCUGCUGUGAGGGACCUAGGAGGCGUUUCCCAUGGAACAUUAUCCUACUGGCCCUUUUUACUCUAGCCUUGUCCUAUAUGACGGGGACAAUAUCAAGUUACUAUGACAUUAAAUCUAUAUUCCUGGCUCUGGGGAUCACAAUGAUUGUCUGCCUCGUUGUAACUGUCUUCUGCUUCCAGACAAAGGUGGAUUUUACCAAAUGCCAAGGUCUCUUCUGUGUACUUGGAAUUGUCAUGUUUGUGACUGGCAUCAUCACUGCGAUUGUGCUGGCAUUCAAAUAUAUUCCGUGGCUCCAUAUGCUGUAUGCUGCCAUUGGCGCCAUUGUGUUUACCCUGUUUCUGGCCUACCAUACGCAGCUUCUCAUCGGGAACAGAAAGCACUCCAUCAGCCCAGAGGACUACGUAUUUGCUGCUCUCUCCAUCUACAUUGACAUCAUCCAGAUCUUCCUCUUCCUCCUACAAAUCAUUGGAGCGUCUCGACAAUAGUUCCCUCAGGCUGGCCUUCUGAGCUCCACCAGCCCAGGCAUCACUUAUUGUCUGAGGUCUGGUGUACUAUGCACUUCUGUCUUGUCCAUGUAUUCACUCGUGAGGGCUUCUGUGAACUUCACCGAGGUGAUCUUUUAAAGCCUUGGUCUUCUCAUCUUUGUAACGAUGGUGGUGAGACAUGAAGGUCAAGUUACCCUUCUGCAGUUCCGACUGCUGUCAGCAACUGCCUGUUACCACGCUGCCAAAGUUUUUACGAAGGAGUGUUCUGAAUUUAGGCUGUAAACAUCUUUUCCAUGUUAUAGUAAAGUUGUUUCCAUUAGAAUGGAAUAUUUUAACACCCUAUGAAAUGAAUGUGGUUUUAUAGACACACUAUAUGAUACUUGUUUUGAUAUAUGCUGCAUUUUAUUGUACUAUAAUGUUGAAAUUAGCCAAUUAAAUUCAGUUUGAAGUACA